AUGAAAAAAUAUGUUGAGGAGCUGAGAACUCAUCAGCUGGCGACUACCGCUUCCACUAAUGGGCCUUUGUCAUCAUCCAGCUCUGGAGGAGGGUCUACCUGCAAUGGUGGCACUUCAGCCCGGGAAACCAAUACUCCGAAUUACCACAAGCUCAUUGAAGCAGUUUUAGAUACCAAAAAGCUGGCAUUGUUGCGCUCACCCGCAGUCAUUUCUUUUCUGGAAGAUCGUCAACGUUCAUUGGCCGAAUUCAAAAUUAAAACAGAAUCCUUCUGCUCUGAACUAGGAAAGUGA